ACUCAUCCUGUCCAUGAUUCACUUUCAAGGCUGAUCCGCUCAUUAUCCUUGCAACAGAGCCUUGCGGUCCACCGCCGCGACCGGGAAACAGGCGACGGCCAAACCUCCUUCGGCGAGUCUUUCCCACGGACUCGACGCUCGGCCCUGUAGUGCAUGCGCUUUUCGCAACAACGCUCGACAGCUCGCAAGACCGCUCAACCUGACAUCUGCUCAGAAGAUCAUACGCCGCAACCACCGCUCCAGCUCCCAGCCUCCGCGUUCCUCGAACCGCAAUCCCAUCAAACCCAUCGAUCAAACCACCCCAACAACCCCCCCGCCAUCGUAACCACAACCGGCACCCACAUCGUAUGCUUCCACGCAUCCUUCCCAAUCUGCCGGUGACUCAUCCAGCCAUCACAAAUCGCAACCCCCGCUCCAGCAAGAUACGUCAGCCCCAUCGUCGUGCGACUCCCACCCGCGUACGCCGCCAGACACGUCGCGGCCAUGUAGAGGUCCCGGGAGACCCAGAAGAGGAGCAGGUUGGUGGCGAGUUUUCGGCCUUC